GGUAACAGGGACAUUCUUAGUGUACUCUUAGAUGCCUGUAAAGCCAAGGGUAAGGAAGUUAUUAUCAUCACCACCAACAAACUGCCAUCUGGCCAUCAGGUGACAAAGCAGUACCUUAAUGUUCCUCCAUCUCCUGAAGUUGAAGAGAGUCUGCAUUACUUACCAGCAUCAUGCUGCAUGUCGCCAUAUGAGGUCCAGCUACGAACGCCUCCUCAGGGCUCUUCAGCAACAACCUCUCCUCAACCUGGCAGCCCCCUUCGUGGCCUCAAGGAUCCCCAGUGUUUAGGCUUAGGGCAUGGCCUGAUCAGAUUUCAACCAGGUUCACCAAUGCAACAUCGAAGUCCUCUACGUGUUCCCGAUGUGGAUAAGCGACCUAACUUCCAUCAGCUACACUCAGAAGCCUGGUCCAAAAGUCCUUCCCUGUUGCUCCAGCAGAGUCAGGCGUCCUCUCUGACUGAGGAACCAGUGGAAAUUACUCCGGAGGAGGUGCUGUCUUUCAGAGUCGAAGAACAUCCUCCUGCUAUUUCACGGCACCAGAGCAUUGAUUUCAAAGAUGCAAAAGGACUUGUGAAAGCAUUAGAGAUCUUAUCAGGAAAUGACAACAGGGGAGGUGGUGGGAAAAAAGGCUUUGGCAGAAAGAUGUCAUAUGACAGUGCUGCAAGUUCAUUAUAUUCUGUUUCACACCCAAACUUGCUUCAAGAUAGUCUUGCCUUUUCCCAUGAAUCCAGACCUGCAGAUGAAGAUUCAUCUGACUGUCUUACACAGCUGAAUGUUUCCAGUCUGCAAAAUGUGGUGCAUCGGCGGAACAUUGGUAUUGCCCACUACAGUUCUGACUCUCAGUUGCAGCAAUUCAGCAGCAGAGACAGAACCUCAAAGAGCAGUGGUGGUGCUGGAUUGGCAGCGGAAAGACACAAGCUGGUCACCAGCAGAGCCUCCAAUCUGUCGGGAUCCAGGGAGUCCUUGGAGAGCUCGGCCCAGAGGCGAGCCACUACAGGGCUGGAGCGAAGAGGCUCAGGAGCUCUUCUUCUGGAUCACAUUGCCCACACACGCCCCAGAUACCUGCCUCGUUUGAAUCCUCAUAUUCCCAUACCAGAUAUUGGGGUUAGCUCUAACUCUUCCUGCCCUUUGAGUGGAAGUACCAAGACACUGAACGGUGUUCUUAUAGGCCCAAAACCUGUUCUACCCUGUGUACCUGUUUUCCCCAAGGAUCUGAAAGCCAAGAAAAUGUUGUGGAGGCGUCACUCAAUGCAGAGUGACCAAAUAAAGCAACUUGCCAACUUUGCGGAAACUUUUGGGCACUAG